AUGGCAACAGCAGCAACACUUUCCAUCGCGGGCACCUACGCGGCGCCGAAUUUCUUCCCACUAAAAUCAUAUGUCCCAAUUCCAACUAGGCACUCUCUGCCUGCAGUAUGGAUGCGCUCGGGGACUUCAAAGGGCCUCUUCAUUCACCGAAAAGACCUUCCUGAGUCAGUAGACCGAUGGGCACCCAUUCUCCUAUCAGCAAUGGGGUCGUCGAAUGGGAAUGGCAAGCAAAUUGACGGUGUGGGUGGCGCUACCUCGACUACUUCCAAAGUGGCAGUGGUUGCGAAGUCCAAUCGAGACAAUAUCGAUGUCGAGUAUACCUUCGUCCAGGUUGCUCCCGAUCAGGCAAUCGUGGACAUGACUGGCAACUGUGGGAAUAUCGCGUCUGGUGUAGCCCCAUUUGCUUUGGAUGAAGGACUUGUCAAGGCAAAGCCAGGUCAGACUGAAAUCGACGUCCGUAUUUUCAACACCAAUACUGGACAAACUCUGGUGGAAACAAUCCAGACAUCUGGGGGUCUCUUCAGAGAGGAUGGAGCCUGUCGCAUCCCCGGUGUGGAGGGAACCUCAAGUCCCAUCAAGGUAGCAUUUCUCAACCCAGGUGGUAGCAUGACAGGAAAAAUGUUCCCAAGCGGCGCAAAACAGGAGACAUUGACAGUCCAAUCAUGGACCGUGGGUGUAUUCCAAGUGAGCGUGAGUCUUGUCGAUGCGGCAAACCCAUUUGUCCUUGUCGAUUCCCGCUCUCUGAAGAUCGAAGGGCGCCCCCAGUGGCCAAAUGCAACGGACACAGAGUUCAUUUCCGUGGCGGAGGAUAUUCGAAGAGAGGGUGCCGUGCGUUUCGGAUUAGCUGCGGAUAUAGAGAAAGCAAGUGCCGUUCGAGGCACGCCAAAAAUCGCGUUCUUAUCUGCACCUGCCGAUGAAAGUUCCGAUCUAGACGUGCUGUCAUUCACCAUGGGGAAGCCGCAUGCCAGUCUGCAGCUUACAGGUGCGGUUUGUAUAGGUGCCGCGAUGGCUAUCCACGGCACAGUUGCAUGGCACUUGGCCAAUGAAGUACUGAUGGAUAAAAUUCCCAAACAUGGAAUGGAGAUAGAGGGUCGGAAGAUUGCAAAUGCUGUACCUGUCGGGAUUAGACACCCUGCUGGCGUGAUACAGGCUGAAACAGUUUUGGGCCUGGAUGGAAAUGGGAAUAUUGAUGUGAAGCAUGUUGCAGUCGUGCGGACUGCGCGUCGACUAUUCGAAGGUAAUGUUUUCUAUAGAGCAUAA